UGAUUUUUUUUUUGGUAUAAAAUUAACCAACGAGCGGUGUCAACGGAAUUGUAGACAGUCAACAGGUGCAAAUAGCUCCUGUGGUCAUGGCUGAAGUCAAAGACUGGCGUCCAUUUGUUUAUGGCGGUUUGGCAUCCAUAACAGCUGAAUUUGGGACAUUUCCAAUUGACACAACAAAGACUCGAUUGCAAAUUCAAGGACAGAAAAUUGAUCAAACUUUUUCUCAACUGCGGUACCGGGGAAUGACCGAUGCAUUUGUGAAAAUUUCAAAGGAAGAGGGUCUGCGAGCAUUAUAUUCUGGCAUUUGGCCAGCGGUAUUGCGGCAAGCCACCUAUGGCACUAUCAAAUUUGGCACCUACUACACACUGAAAAAGCUGGCCAAUGAGCGGGGACUGCUAACGGAUGAGGAUGGCAGCGAACGUGUCUGGAGCAAUAUAUUGUGUGCAGCAGGCGCUGGAGCAAUCUCGUCAGCAAUUGCAAAUCCUACCGACGUGUUGAAGGUGCGCAUGCAGGUGCAUGGUAAGGGCACCGACCACCUGGGCUUGAUUGGCUGCUUCCGUGAGAUACACAAAUAUGAGGGUGUGCGCGGAUUAUGGCGCGGCGUGGGACCCACAGCACAGCGAGCGGUAGUCAUUGCAUCCGUGGAGCUUCCCGUCUACGAUUUCUGCAAGCUGCAACUGAUGAGCGCCUUUGGUGAUCAUGUGGCCAAUCAUUUUAUUUCUAGUUUCAUUGCCAGUCUGGGCAGCGCUGUUGCUUCAACGCCCAUUGAUGUGAUUCGGACUCGCCUGAUGAACCAAAGGCACGUGACUGUGCUGAAUGGAGGCGUAGCUACGGCGGCUGCAUCAGCGUCAGCAUCAUCCCAACGACUCUAUAGCGGAAGUCUCGACUGUGCAGUGCAGACAAUACGCAACGAAGGCCUCUUGGCGCUCUAUAAGGGCUUUAUACCUACAUGGGUGCGCAUGGGACCAUGGAAUAUAAUAUUCUUCAUAACUUACGAGCAACUAAAGAAAUAUUAGAAAAAGAUAACGAUGGAGUUAGAGAUAGAGAUAAAGAUAUUUAGAGACAUCAAGUACAAGGUGUAUUCAGCAUUUGAAACCAAAAAGAUCUAUUUUAUAAUGCCGUAAAAACGGUUUAGCUAAGCAUCUCCAUAUAGUUGAUAUCGAUCCAGGGAGUAGACACUAAAGUGCCUCAUGCAUAUUGGUUAUUUAAUAGCCAACGAAACUCCUUAAUCCAAAAUGGAUAAAAGUGACAAAAAUUUUGAAAUCAUUCACGCAUACACAUAGUACAUAUAGAGUACACAUACUAAUAGUAUUUGCAUUUCGUAGAAAGAAAAUAUGCAAUAUUUGGCAUUUCGUUGUUCUCAUCUAAUUUUGCAUUUACCAUAAGAACAAAUGUAACGAAAAUGGUUGAAGUUUAGCUUUCAUUUCGUUAUUUUUAAUUUUUCAAAAUAGAAGAUUUAGUUUGGAAUUGUAUUAAAAACGCGCAUUUCGUUUAUUCAAAGCAUUUCUAUAAUUUGCUUUGCAUACAAAUCUGUGCUGUAAAUAUGUACAUUAAGAAAUACAAAAUAUAUAUAAAUAAAUGCAUACAGCAGCAAAUGUGGCAACUGUAUGUAAUAUUAAAUAAA